UGUGUAUGUAAUAAUAACGAUGGGUAAUUUGGAGGCAUGGUACAUGGAUGAGUCCAGCGAGGAACAGAAGCUGCCUCACAGACUGAAGCCGAACCAGCCCGUGACCCUCACACAGCUCGAGCAGAUCGGAGUCUAUUACUGGAAGUUAAAUGCUGAUAAUUAUGAAAAUGACCCUGAACUGCAGAAGAUCCGUGAAGAAAAGGGUUACUCCUAUAUGGAUAUCAUAACGAUUCACCCAGAUAAACUUCCUGAUUAUGAGAACAAAGUGAAAAUGUUCUAUGAAGAACAUCUUCAUCUUGACGAUGAGAUCCGCUAUAUACUGGACGGAUCGUCUUACUUUGAUGUGAGGGGCAAAGAUGACCGCUGGAUCCGAAUCGCUGUAUCUAAAGGGGAUCUUAUCACGCUGCCGGCGGGAAUUUACCACAGAUUCACCGUUGAUGAAAGUAACUACGCUAAAGCCAUGCGUCUGUUUGUUGGUGAACCGGUCUGGAAGGCCUAUAACCGCCCAGCUGAUGACUUUGACAUCCGUAAAACCUAUGUGAACUCCCUGAGCUCCUCUUGAGAUGCAUGAUGGAAUUGGUUUAGUUGUGCUCUUCAUCAGUGAUGAUCAGGAGAAUCAAACUCUGCUGUGCCUUUAACAAACACUCUUGAACCGGUUACAAUCAUGAGUACUAGAUCUAAAAAAUCCUUACUAAUGAUAAACACAUGAGUUUUUUGAUAGUUAUGACAAUGAAUUGUAGUCCUGGAAGGCUGUGUGGAUGGUGGUUGUUUAAU